AUGGCUGACGAUCAGACUUCAGCCGUCAUCAAGGACGAGGAGUUCGAGCAGAAGAAGCAGGCCACCUCCUCGGUCAAGUCGUUCCUCUCCGGUGGUUUCGGUGGUGUUUGCUCCGUUCUCGUCGGACACCCUUUCGAUCUCACAAAGACCCGUCUGCAAACGGCUGCCGACGGCAAGUAUACAGGCGGUCUGGAUGUGGUCAGGAAAACCAUCAAGGCUGACGGUAUCAAGGGAAUGUACCGUGGUAUGGGCCCACCUUUGAUUGGUGUUACACCCAUCUUUGCGCUUUCCUUCUGGUCGUACGAUAUGGGAAAGAAGCUGGUGUACGCCAUGACGCCGAGCCGAACCGAUCCCAAGCUGUCUAUCCCCGAGCUGGCAUUUGCCGGUUUCUUCAGUGCGAUCCCCACCACCAUGGUAGCCGGUCCAGCGGAGCGUGUCAAGGUCUUGCUCCAGCUUCAAGGUCAGAGCGGCAGCACCGGUCCCACUUACAACGGUCCCGUGGAUGUGGUCCGCCAGCUGUACAAGGAGGGCGGUCUCAAGUCGAUCUUCCGUGGUACCGGUGCCACGCUCGCUCGUGACGGUCCUGGUUCGGCUGCCUACUUCUGCGCAUACGAGGCUUCCAAGCGCAUGUUGACGCCCGCAGGACAGGACCCUCAGCAGCUCAACUUCCUAAACGUGCUCACCGCCGGUGGUCUGGCCGGUAUGGCCAUGUGGGCGCUCGCCAUUCCUCCCGAUGUGAUCAAGUCGCGUUACCAGGGCGCUCCUCACGGCACCUACACGGGCUUCCUCGACUGCGCAAAGAAGACGGUCGCCAAGGACGGCAUGAAGGCGCUCUUCAAGGGUUUCGGUCCCGCCAUGGCUCGUGCCUUCCCCGCCAACGCGGCCACUUUCCUCGGUGUCGAAGUGUCGCUCCAGGCCAUGAACAAGAUGUUCUAA